UGCAUCAUUUAGAGCACAAAGACAUGGCUGAUGGAUGCUUAGCCGUAUUAUGCCAUGCAGUGCACCUGUGUAUUGCCAUCGUCGCACUACAGCACACACACGUACGCAUGACAGGGCCUCCGUGACCGGAUGAGCACAAAGAGCAGGAGCUGUCAGCUGACCUCUUCUAUGUAUGUGGGAGGCAGGUUGAAGCGCUCCACCAGGUCCCUCCUCACGGACAGCAGCCGACGGUCGCCGCAAGACGGGUCGCCUAGGACUUGCAUGACACCUAUCUGAGCUGCACAUAAAGCAAAACACAUGAAAAAAGCACCGCUAUGCUCUCAUUUAGUGUCUCACCUUGGAAGGGGUCGUAUUCGGUCUUUUCGUAGUCUCUGUCCUCGGCUUCGGGCGCCAGACAAACGAAGUACCUGGCCGGGCGGAACGCCAUGAUGCCGUCAAAGGUCAGGACCUGGGGGGAGGACAGCGUGAGAUUAGCCUGGGUUGGCUGCGCUGGGACGGUCGCCUUGCUGGGGAACUCUCCUCGCCCGCAGUCGCUAACGACAUCCACCAGACGGAUGCGGUUCUUUGCCGGAUUCAGCCUGUGCCAAUGAAGCAAGGUGCUUGUUUCACAGUGAUCCGUCCCACACGCAAACAUACCCGUGACCGACGAUUGAGAUGGACCCAGGGACGAACGCCAGAACAGAGAACUCAGACGGCUGAUUGGCGAAUGCGCCGAACACGUGGACAAUACCGACGUUGAGCCACUUGGGGUCGACUGGACCCUUCUCGCCCAGCUGGAUUCACGAAUCCAACACACAGGACAGACACUGCUCGAUGGACCUGCUUCUCUCGUUGCUCACUCAUACCACUGGCGAGUCACUGUAUCUCCAGCAAAGGUAGUAGGCGGCGCCGCCACCGAUACCGCCUCCAGGAUACACCAGCGUUCGAGCAGUCUGGCCCUCGUCUGAUCGUUUAUGUAUACAUACGAGACACAUUGAGGCCGACGAGUGGUGUCUCACCGUUUAUCUCGAUCGAUUCAUCAAGGUAGAUGUCGUUCGUGUCGGCCGUCGUGCCCGUCUCGCAGACGUCGUCGCCGGCAAACGGCAGCAUCGUCCAGGGAAUCACCGGCACUUGGGGAGGAGUCACCUCGACAAGCGGAUAAAGAUCAUAGGGCGGCACAACGAGCUUCCAAGUGUUGAAGAACUGGAAUCCGACACCCCUGAUCUCGAUGUAGUUCCUAAGCUGUGCGAAGACCUCAAACUGCUGUUCGCUGAAAGGACCUGGGAUCGUCACGUGACCCACAGGCACCAGCUGCUGAUAACCCGUCACGACAGAAAGAACGCUGCUCAGCCGCCGUCCGUCUUGACUGUGUAGUCUUCUGAACUCCUGCUCGUGCUCAAGAAACGGAGCAGGGGCGGGGCUUGGUGUCUCAUUUCUGUCUCCAUUCCAGCUGUCUGGUUCGCAGUCUUCAGCACACCAACACACGCCAUAAACGCCGGGGAUGGUUAUUUGAGCCACCUCCAAAACCAGCGACUCUUCCUCGCACUCCUGCCCCACCACGCAGGUGCUGUUCUCGUGACGGCUGGCAGUGGCAUUGAGCGUCACGUUGGGUGUGUCCAGGCGCACACGCCAGUCAAAGCUCUUGCUGCACUCGAAUGAGAAUUCCAUCACGCUGCUGGUGGUGUUGUCGCCCGUCUCGCGGGGGGACGAUGUGGUGCCGAGAAGGAAGAUCGCUGACGCGCUCGACAAGUGGUAGCCCCUCAUCUCGACAGAGAAGGGUGCGAAUAUGAUUCCAGCAAACUGCUGGGGGAUGAUGGGGCCCUGCACGUUCACUGUGCCCACAGUGGUGGCCUCUGACAGACUGGAGUCCGCAGAUGGCAGAAAGCAGAUGGUGUGCAGGCCGGCCUCCCGGAUGUAGCCAGUCGACAGCACCGCCACCUUGUUCGUCUCCGCGUUGGUUACGUCGGCCUCGAUGGCACUCCAAUCACUCACGGCGCCUUCCUUUGCCGCACACCCGCUGAUCGCCGCUUUGUCAGCGGCGAGAGAGGGCGGCAGGGCGGGAGGUGACACCUGAUUGGUGAUGGUGCACAGGGUGAUGAGGUCGGUCCUGCUGUCAGAGACAUAGCUGCCAUCCCCGAGCAGACUCACGCUGCCCACAAGGGAGGGAGAAGUCGGGUCGAGGGUGUAAGCGUCCGAGUCAGCACCAGCCACUUGAACCAGCCCGCCCGAACAGGCCAUCGUGCUGGGUGUGAGGAAGUACUGCUGCGACGCGGUGAGGUUGACGCCCAGCAGAUGGAUGUCGUACUGGCCAUAAAUGCGGUUCAGUGACGGAUAGCGCUGCAUCGUAAUCGGACCGGCCACGCCGAUCCGGCCCACCUCCACAGUCAGUGAGUCCAUCAAGAAGCAGAUGCGAUACUCACCAGGAACAUGGCUUAUCUGUGUGCAAAAGAGUGAGAGAGGGAAUCAUGCCCGUGAGACAUUGAUGAUUUCCUCUUUGACCCACCCCACCGACCAUAACAGGCUCGAAAACGAGCGUGGUGAAGUUGUAUGUGGGGGCUGCAGGGAUGAUAGUCACGUAAUCGGAGUGCUGCAUCGUGGGGUCGCACGUGUCGGCCGCUUCAAUCAGCAGCACACGCAUGUACUGGUCCAUCUCUGUGCCCCGCAGCACCAGCUGGUCCGCCACAUUCAGGUCGAAAUACACUCGCUGUGACAGAAUCGGCCCUGCACCGUAGAAGAUGCCUCCAACGUAAUAGUCCUCGAUCGACGAGCAGCUGCUGCUGCUGAUGGCUUUAGUGCACCAGCAGAGGAGGUAGGCGCCCCCGCCCGCCACAGUGAUGCCCCAGAAAGUGGAUUGUGUUUUCAUUGGGCCGGAUGGCGACGUGCCUUGUGACGAUGUCAUGCUGCCCAUGCCGCAGCGCGCCUUUCGCCCGAAUACGAUGUAGUACUCGUCAUCCGUGGACAUGUGGUAGCCAUGGACAGUCACGCUGCCCGGACUGACCAGUGACUGCUUCUGGAGCACCUGCAGCUCAGCACCUUGCUUGCGGAGGGUCACCCUUGACAGGACAAAGAAACGUGGAAGUGGAGAGGGUGUUUUGCCAUGCGUGGGAGCCCUUGGUGGCGUGCAUACGUGCGGAUGUAUGUGUGAGGCCCGUCCGAGUGAUGGUCGACAAAGAACAGCUUGUUGCCACCAUCAGACAUGGACACCUAUAUGGAUACAUACACACACGCACGCACAUGCUGGCAAGACGGGGGAUUGUGCCUCCAUCAAUCCAUUUAUACUUUUGUACCCCUCGGAUGCUCUUGGUGGGCAGCUGCAGCGAUCCCCAUGUGGUGGUCUGCCCACUGGUACUGUCCAGUAUGGUCUCAAUCUAAGAGACACAACGUCAUGUGUCUCUAUGAUUCGUGAAUGCCCAAUCACCCACCCACCGUAACGAUGUCGCUAGGGCUGUCAGCCCAGUCUGCCCAGUCGACAGUGAACUUGAUACGGUAGAGGUCGCCAUUCGUCUCAUCCCCCACAUACACAUGGUAGUUGUUCUCAUCGACCCGCCACACAGCCAGUCCCCCGAUGGCGCCCCAAGGUGCGGCGGGAGACGUUGACCCAGACACAACAGUCCUGACCGUGCCCUCACGGUACGACGGCACUGGGCGGGGCAGCACCACGACGGAAAGCACGGUCACAGGAUCGCCUUGUGUGAAGAAGAGCAUCUCCGUCUUGGCUUCCAGGGCAAGGUGUGUCGGGCUUGAUAAAGUCAGAGGGCCGGAGCUGAGAGCGCCCUCGGAUAUGCCCGACGUUCCCGUGCCGACCAGCGUGGCAACUGCGUGGUCACUGCCACUGAGGUUGAGGGUGCGGAUGCGGUGCGCGGAUGUGUCGGCGACGUACAGCGUGUUGGUGAGGGGGUGCAUGGCGAGGCCUGCCGGUGACUGGUACCGAACUGUGUCUAUGUCGCCGUCCUGCAUGCCGGAAUCUCCGCAGCUGCCCGAGACAUUGUGUGUGGCGGUCAUAUUGUUGAUAAGGCUGAGACCGACGAUGCACCCUUCCGUCGAUAUGUACAGCGUGUCCUCAUCGACAGAGAGUGCCGCUCCGAACGAAGACACCAGCGAUGCAUCGAGGCCGGGCACGAAGAGGUCACUAUUGGAUAGCGAGUCGUUGAAUGGCAGCGGCUGCGAUGUGCCGCCCCCUGCUAUCCUGCUCGCAGACCCCUGAAAGAAAAACAACACGAAAUGCAUGCAGACUGGUGUCCUGUCUCCUUUCCCUGUGUGUCUUACUGUGUCCAUAUCGACGGCAUACAUCUCCGCCGAUGCCACCAAAUACACAGUGUCUUCGGCACACAGUGCACUCACGGCCAUCUGCCCGCCAACAAUGCCCUCGAGAGGCCCCACAUUCUCCACGGUCGCAUAGUGGACGUGCAGGAGCCCCAACUCAUCCGGAUUGCUGUCGUCGCUGCCGUAGUAGUAGCACAUCUUGUAUGUGCCAACUUCUAGUGGCCGCACAAACUUGAAGCUGCUCUCUGUCCUGUCGACCGACCUUUCGCCCUGAUCGUUGUACGACAGGACCGAUGAGGGGCUGAAUGAGCCCGCGCAGCCGUCGCCCUGGUCAAUGAGUUUCAUUCUCCCGGAUGCCGCCAGCCGUUCGCCAGUGAUGGUCAGAGUGCCGGUAUCGUCGCCCUCGGGCACAUAAGGCAGGUACAUGUCCUGCUUGGUCGGCCCGUCCACAGAGAGCACGCCAAUGUCCAGAGAAUAGUCGGCAUUGCCGCUCGGCGACCCCUCACUCCAGCACACUUUGGCGAUCACCGGGUUGUUCAGUUCGGCAGUAAAGGUCAUCUCCGAUAGCGAAGCUGUGUUCGCGGCCCUCGGCUCGACAGUCACGUAGUCACUGAGAGUGACUGUCUCGGUGGCGCUACCACACGGCGACGUGUUGUUGACGAUGCGGAUCCUGCUGGCGGCGUCGAGAUUCUGCCCGUUCACGAUUAUGUCGAGGGACAGCCGCGGCCUGAGGGUCCAUGUUUGUGACGUGUCGGGUUGGCCGUGCGCCAGCGGGAGUGAGAAAGCAAUGAAGAAUAACACCACUGUCAGCAGCUGGCGGUGGCUGCGCAUCAUGAGG